AAUAAAUAAAAAAGGAAAGAAAAGAAAUUUACCUCCUCUCCUCUCCUGACGAAAAUAUGCGCUGUGCGCUGUGUUCCAACUCCAAGUGGAAGAGAGAGAGAGGCAGCCCUUAAUUCUCUCUCCGCCUUUGAACGGAACCAAAACCAACUCACAAAUAUUUUCAUAACUAUUAAACAAACUAAAAUAGUAGAAAAAACCGGAGGAGGAACAAAACGGUGUCGUCUCUUCACUGCCUAAAUCGUACUACACGUCUGAUCAAAUUCUUUUGGGUUGUAUCUUUGUGCUUUUCUGGAUGGGCGCUCCUAAGCAAAAAUGGACACAAGAAGAGGAAGCAGCGCUUAAAGCUGGAGUUAUUAAACAUGGGGCUGGCAAAUGGCGCACAAUACUUAAAGAUCCAGAAUUUAGUGGUGUCUUAUAUCUCCGUUCAAAUGUAGAUCUCAAGGACAAGUGGAGAAAUAUGAGUGUAAUGGCAAAUGGAUGGGGUUCCCGAGAGAAGGCUAGGUUAGCUGUUAAAAGGGUGCCACAUAUCCCUAAACAGGAGGAGAACUCUAUGGCUCUUGGUAAUGUUGUUCAAAGUGAUGAAGAAAUGAUGGACACUAAGCCUCUUUCAGUUACUAGUGAAACAGCGCAGGUUGCUACUCCAAAGAGAUCUAUUGUAAGGUUGGACAAUCUUAUAUUUGAGGCUAUAACCAACUUGAAGGAGCCUGGCGGUUCUAAUAAGACAAAUAUUGCUACAUACAUAGAGGAACAAUAUUGGGCACCCCCAGAUUUUAAGAGGUUAUUAUCAGCAAAGUUAAAGUAUUUGACAGCAAAUGGGAAACUAAUUAAGGUUAAACGCAGGUACAGGAUUGCACCUACUCCAGCAUUUUCUGACAGAAGAAGAAUCCCUUCCAUGUUACCUCCGGAGGGAAGGCAGAGGGUUUUUCCAAAAGUUGAGAAGGAUGAUGCCCAUAUAUUUUCGAAAACCCAGAUUGAUAUAGAUUUAGCCAAGAUGAGGACUAUGACUGCACAAGAGGCAGCUGUAGCUGCUGCUGAAGCCGUUGCUGAGGCAGAAGCUGCCAUAGCAGAAGCUGAAGAGGCAGCAAGAGAGGCAGAGUUAGCAGAAGCUGAUGCAGAAGCAGCACAAGCUUUUGCAGCAGCAGCAGUGAAAACUUUGAAGGGAAGAAACAACCCUAAAAUGCCUUUGAGUUUAUUUGCCAUAUCUGAAAUUAGGUGCAGAUGAUCCGAGCUUGAUGUUAAUUCACAAAAUGGCCAAGGAGCAAUGAACCAGGGUUCUUUAAGUUCAAGUGCCAGAUACAUGUUUGUUUUCUUCAGACAUCUGUAUUUGUAAAUAUCAUAAUGCCAUCUUUUGGUAGGUAUAUGCAGGGGUUAACUUACCUUCAAAUCCGGUUCAAAUGAUAGAUUCUGUAAACAUCUCUUUUCCUUUUGUAGUUUAGAGUUUGGAGAUUUGUCUUUCUAUUUUCUGAACAUUCUGGUUCGUGGCCAAGCCUUUUGUGAAUUUAGUAAAUGCACCAAAAUGUAGAAACUAGAGUGUACAAAGAAAUAGAAAGAGAUGGAUUUUCUUCUGAUUGAACUGUCAUGUAAUCACUACUUGUCAUGUUAUCUGAACCUUUGAAAUUUUAAUGACAAAUUUGGGGCCUCCUAUUUGUAAUGUUCAA